UGCAGAUUGAUUUUGAGCCAUGGCGUCCCCUUCGGAAGGAAGUGGUGAUGCCCUGCUGCCAGAUUUCCCCAGAGGGCCCCUGCACGCGUACCGCGCCCGCGCCUCCUUCAGCUGGAAGGAGCUGGCGCUGUUCUUGGAAGGGGAGGACGUGCUGCACUUUAAGAAAACCAUCUUCUCAGCUCUGGAGAAUGACCCACUCUUUGCGCCUCCCCGUGGAGGCGAUCUGUCAAUGGAGAAGUACCGGGAACUGAACUUCCUGCGCUGCAGGCGGGUCUUUGAGUAUGACUUCCUCCCAGUAGAAGACAUGCUCCGGAGCCCUCUGAAAGUCCUGGUGCUGAUCCACUGCCUGGGCGCGUAUGACUGGUCCCUGGUAUCCAAAUUCAUGCUCCAUGUGUUGAUUUUUGGAUCAACAAUUUACCACUCUGGCUCUGAAAGACAUUUCAAAUAUAUGCCAAAGAUCUUCGGAAUGGAGAUUUUUGGAUGUUUUGCUUUGACUGAACUGAGUCACGGGACUAAUACCAAGGCUAUCCGGACGACUGCUCACUACGACCCCGCCACUGAGGAAUUCAUCAUACAUUCCCCCGAUUUUGAAGCUGCCAAGUUUUGGGUCGGCAACAUGGGCAAGACUGCUACCCACGCGGUGGUGUUCGCACAGCUGCACACGCCGGGGGGCGGGUGUCAUGGCCUGCACUCCUUCAUCGUGCAGAUUCGGGACCCGAAGACCCUUCUCCCUGUGCCAGGGGUGAUGGUUGGUGACAUAGGGAGGAAGCUUGGGCAGAAUGGUCUGGACAAUGGAUUCGCCAUGUUCCACAAGGUUAGAAUUCCUCGCCAAGACCUCCUGAACCGGAUUGGAGAUGUCACCCCUGAGGGCACCUAUGUCACCCCCUUCAAGGAUGACAGGCAGCGCUUCGCAGCGUCCCUGGGUAGCUUAUCCACUGGCCGGGUGUCCAUCAUGAGCAUGUCCGUCGUUAAUCUGAAGCUGGCCAUCUGCAUAGCACUUCGCUUCUCUGCCACUCGGCGUCAGUUUGGACCGACGGACGAGGAGGAGAUACCGGUUCUUGAGUAUCAGGUGCAGCAAUGGCGCCUCCUUCCGUAUCUGGCAGCUGCCUACGCCCUGGACCACUUUUCCACAUGGCUCUUCCUGGACCUGGUAGAGCUUCAGCAAGGCCUCCUGGUUAAAGACCCCAGUGCCAGGCAGGCAGAGCUCGGCCGUGAGAUCCACGCCUUGGCAUCCGCUGGCAAGCCCCUGGCCUCAUGGACUGCCCAGCAGGGAAUUCAGGAAUGCAGAGAGGCAUGCGGAGGACACGGCUAUCUGGCCAUGAACCGGCUGGGCGACCUCCGAAAUGACAACGAUCCGAACUGCACGUAUGAAGGUGACAACAACGUCCUGCUGCAGCAGACCAGCAGCUAUCUGCUCAGCCUGCUGGCCCGCCGGGCCCAAGGUGGUGCUCGCUGUGAGAGCCCUCUGAAGAGUGUGGACUUUCUGGAAGCCUACCCCGACAUCCUUGGCCGGAGGUUCGAGGUCCCCAGCCUUGAGGACUACUUGGACUCCUCAGUCCCCCUGGCAGCAUAUGAGUGGCUGGUUUGUUACCUGCUCCAAGAGAGUGACCGGAAAUUAAAUCAAGAGAAAAGAUCAGGAAGCAGCGACUUUGAAGCAAGAAACAACUGUCAGGUGUAUUACUGCCGCUCCUUGGCCCUGGCGUUCCUGGAGCUCACGGUCCUGAGGAGGUUCCACGAGUACACGCACCAGCCCGGCGUGCCGCCCCCGCUGCGGGCUGUGCUCGGGCGGCUCAGCGCGCUCUACGGCCUGUGGUCCCUGAGCCGGCACACUGCCCUGCUCUACCGAGGUGGCUACUUCUCUGGCGAGCAGGCAGGUAAAAUGAUGGAGAACGCCAUCUUGGACCUGUGUUCCCAGCUGAAAGAUGACGCGGUUGCCCUGGUGGACGUGAUCGCCCCUCCUGACUUUGUCCUGGACUCACCGAUUGGCAGAGCCGACGGCGAGCUCUAUAAAAACCUCUGGACUGCUGUCCUUCAGGAGAGCAAGGUGCUGGAGAGGGCCUCGUGGUGGCCGGAAUUUUCUGCCAACAAGCCUGUCAUAGGAAGUUGGAAAUCAAAGCUGUAGUCACGAGGUACACGUUCUGCUAAAUGUAAUUAAGCUAAUGAGGACAUUGAUCUCAAAUUCUGGUUCCAGAAGUUACUGGAAAUUGCUGCCGCUUUCUGAACACGUACC